AUGGGCAGUAAAAUAGUGGUGACGUACAAGAGGAAGAGGCUUUUCUCGAGAAGUAACUAUUCUCAAACAAAUCUGCAACCUGAUAGGCCUCCUGAGAUCGCAGAGGUGAAAACCUCUGUUAGUUUGGACAAUUAUAAGGUGUCAACUGCUGAACAUACAUUGCCAAAUAACAAAGAAUUUUGGGCAUGUCACGGACAUUCCAAAGACAAAGAUGGAGAAAACGUGCUGCAAUGUAAAAAUAGCAAUUCCACGUGUUGCAGUCAAUGUUCUAAGGCGAAUGAAUCUCAAAGGCUUUGCCCUGCAUGUAUGAAACAGCAAGAUUCUUUACUUUCAAAUCCAACUCCAGAACCUAAUCUGGACACAGAACAAAUACCGACUCAUCUUGACGUUCCUUUGGAGGUAUGUUCCAGAGAUAGACAUCUGCUUGAUUCUGCUGUUCAACCUAAGGCUAAAGAAGAACCAGCUGAUACGCAAUCAGAAUCACUUUUUCCAAAGUUGGAUUUGGAAUUUGAUGAUAACUGCAAGAGUGGAUUUCCAAGUGAAGAGAAUUGUAAUCCAGUUUCUGGAAUAGAAUCAGGUGUCGUUCGUUUGGAAGCUUCUGAUGGCAUUAAUUGUAGCCGUCAGACAAAGGCGACAUCUUUGUCAGGAACACUUUCUUCAGAGGGAGCCAAACUCAAUAAAGUUGAGUUAUGCAGUAAUUCAGUUACAAAGCGCAAGCUGGCCUCCUCAUUGAUUACAUUUUGUCGAAGAUUGAAGAAAAAUAGGGAUAAUGCUGCAAUCGAUACUGUGUCCGUGUGCAGGGAUAAAUGUGUGUCUGUCAAAUCACUCGCUGCAAGCUGCUCAGUUGAGCUGAUGAAUGAGAAGAAACCCGCAGGUGAAACUGAUAACUUCUGCUCCGCUUCGGGUCCAACAGCUGAAAUUGCUAUGCAAGUGGAUAACCCGAUGCAUUCUCCAUAUGAGAAAGCCACAAACGGCCCAACUACCGUUGUACAAAAUUUUCUAGACUUGUCGAAUUUGGAUGUGACUUCUAGAGGAAUGCCUAGCAAUAUUCCAGGAAUAAAAGGUUCCUCAUCGUCGUUGGAUUUAUCGAUUUCUCCACCUGUUUCUCGCGAUAUAGACUGUAACAUACCACUCGACUGUGAUUCGCAUGAAAAUUAUCUACACGGACCUUUGGAAGAUCUUCAUGAUUGUCUCGGCUCAAAUAGGAAUACAUCAACUUCGCAAGUGACAUCUGUCAUCGACAAGGGAAAGUUUGUUGUAGAGUCCCUACCAGUGAAAAAUAUUCAGCAUGAAUUUCGGUUAUUCCCCGAGAACCCAACCAACAUCACGCCCAACGUACUCCCGCCGAGCUUCCACUCCCCUUCCUUGCACGAUUGGGCCCACUUUCAACCCCCUCACGAAACUCUCCUCCCGUCAAUUUCCAACCACCCCACAAGCUCAUUAUCAAGUCACCUAAUGAUGCUCGACACCCUAUUGGCUCGUGCGAGAGGCAAGUUUGACUUUCCGACCAUAUGGUCAGAGGAUGAGCUCGACUGCCUUUGGGUGGGCGUAAGGAGACACGGCGUGAACAACUGGCCCGGCAUCCUAAUGGAUCGAAAGCUGCAUUUUUCGUCCUGGAAAACGGCCCGUGACCUGGCAGAUAGGUGGCGGUACGAGCAGCACCGGCUUUUCCACGGCGGGCCUGUCUCCCAGGUGAGAUUUUCGGGCCGCCCUGCAACGGGCUUCUCUGAUGGGGUGCAAAACCCACUGCUACAGGAGUGUGGGGCCCGGAAGAGGCAUUAUGUGCAUUAUAUGAACCUUCUGAAAAGACGGCAGUUUCAGAAAACCCCGGUUUAUUCGAAUGGGAAUUUGCCGCACUGGCUGAGGGAGGCAGUCGAGCUCCCCCCAAGGACGUACGGCCCGACCCAGAAUGUCACCUCCUCGUGGGUUUGCAAUCCUAAUGCGGAGCAACUGUAUGAGAAUACCAGAAAUGACCCUGUUCUGAGGCAAGCCAAUCAGCAGACAAGCAACAAGCCGGGCGAUUUGAUUGCCGUUUCAAGUGAUGCCUCGUCUGAAGAGACGGUUUCGGAUGACCAUAGCAUUAGGGUUUAG